GAGGUUUACACACUUGGAUAGUUAUGGAAUUUUAUGGGUGUCAGCUUUUUGAGGUAUUCCAUUGCCUCAUGACGGGUAACGAAAUGAAAUACUGGCCUGUUAAGCAGAUAUAGGACUUGUAGUUAGUCAAGGAUUACCUUCAGUUCUAGGGAGUAUUCUGAAGAAAAUAUAUUUCUGGCUGCCAUUUUAGUUCUCCUCUGCUCGAGACAAUGUCUGGUGAAGUUGGAGGACAAUCUGAUAGUAUGGACAUGGAGGGGAACUAUUCUUUGCACAGGGUGUCCAACCAGAGUUCGGACUUCGGUGAGUACGACAUGGCGGGCGACAUCAUCUACAACGCAUUCGUGCAGGCGCUGUUCUGCGUGGUGUACACGACCAUCUUCGUGCUGGGCCUGGUGGGCAACGCGCUGGUCGUGGUGGUCGUGGCGCGCAACCGCGCCAUGCACACCGUGACGAACGUGUUCAUCGGCAACCUGGCGCUGUCGGACGUGCUGCUGUGCGCGCUGUGCGUGCCCUUCACGCCGCUCUACACCUUCCUGGGCAGCUGGGUGUUCGGCGGCGCGCUCUGCCGCGCCGUCGUGCUCGCGCAGGGCACCAGCGUCUAUACGUCGACGCUGACGCUGACGAGCAUCGCCGUCGACCGCUUCUUCGUGAUCGUGCACCCGUUCCGGCCGCGCAUGCGCCUCUCCACGUGCGCCUGGUCGCUGGCCGGCAUCUGGCUGUUCUCCGCGCUGGCCACGCUGCCCUACGGCCUGUACACGGUGCUGCGCUCAGAGGACGGCUACUACUACUGCGAGGAGAGCUGGCCGUCGGAGCGGGCGCGCCUCGCCUACGGCGCCGUCACCGCCGCCGCGCAGUUCGCGCUGCCCUUCGCCGUCUCCGCCUUCUGCUACGUGCGCGUCUCGCUGCGGCUUGGCCGGCGCGCGCGCCACAAACCCGGCUGCCGCUCGGCGCGCCGCGACGACGCCGACCGCGAGCGCAAGCGCCGCACCAACCGCAUGCUCGUCGCCAUGGUGGCCAUCUUCGGCCUCUCCUGGAUGCCGCUCACGCUGCUCAACCUCGCCAACGACGUCUUCACCUCGUUCGGCACCUGGCGCUACUUCAACCUCUGCUUCUUCCUGGUGCACGCGCUCGCCAUGAGCUCCACCUGCUACAACCCGUUCCUGUACGCCUGGAUGAACGAGAACUUCCGCAAGGAGUUCCGCCGCGUCCUGCCCUGCUUCAGACCGGAGGGAACAGCCGACCACGCCGCUAUGGCACCACGGCCGUCGUGUGCAGCUACGGGUAAAACGCAGGAAUCGCUGCUGCCCGUAGCGACGACGACGGCACAGCAGCACCGCGACGCUCCUGUAGAUGUUAAAGAUGGCGCUCUUCCCGUGGCCUCUAGCGAAUCCGCCACAUACUCUGUCCAUACGAGCGAGGUUCGUCUACAGAUCCAGCAAGGAGAGCAGAUGGUCCAGGACAACGAUCAUCUUCUUGAUUCUCGUAUCUAGAGAUGACCAGCACAGUGUCGGCAAAGCUUCUUCACAGAUGGCAGCAUCGGAAACCUUGAUGCCUUUCCGCACGUGUGGAGAAGACAGCCCCUACCGACUCCUGUUUACGUCGAUCACAAGACUCGACAGAAAAAGCAUGAAUUUAUUUUGCCGAAAAUGUCAAAAUCAAACGAAGACCUUUAUAUGAAUUUUGUCAAGAGUUUCUUCGCUCUAAAUACUAUCCGAAAUUCACGGUCAACUGCACUAUGAGCUUACAUCACCGUACAAGCAUAUUGACCACACGUGAGUGAAAAUUACUACGUCUGAGGGUUAAGAAGUUAUUAUGUAUAUAUAUUAAUAUACGUCCAGUGAACCUUUCUUUCCUUUGUCGUUUGAAUGAAAUGUAAUAUGUCGAUAUUACUCCAAUUUGUUAACCAUAUGUUCCUGUCAGGAAUAACACUUAUUCUGUAAUUGACGUGUAAUGGAAGUAUUAUAUGUUGUUUUAAAAUAAAAGAGCGUAUUUGAAUG